ACGCAUCAUUUGUGGUUUGACACCGUACAGGAACUUACAUACCCAUUCCCCGACUUUGGAUUUUGGAUUUAAUUUUUUUAAAGUUUUGUAAAAAUUACAAAACCCGGAGGUGUUCAAACAAAUCACAAAUAAGUAAAGCAAAUAAAGGAAGUUUGUGAUUUUCAAAUUUAACAAAAUGGCAAAGUGGAUUAUUUUAUCUGUUUUGCUGGUAGCCAGUAGCGUGUGUUAUGGUAAACCGACCUUUGGCAAGGAACAUGUUCACAUUAGAAUACAUUUGCCCGAGUCUGGUGGCGGUGAUCAUGGCGGACAUAUAGAGCAUCAUGGUCACGGAGGUGGUCAUGGUGGUGAUAUUAUUGGUCCUCUGCAUGGUGGUCUAUUAGGAGGUGGAGGCUUCAGUCAUGGAGGUGGUCAUGGCGGUGCUGCUGAGCAUACUGUUAUCAUUCAAGAUGCUGGUGGUCAUGGUGGCGGCCAUGGUGGUGGUUUCGGAGGUCAUGGUCAUGGCGGCGGCGGCCAUGGUGGUCAUGAAACUGUAAUCAUUGCUGAGGGUGGCAGCCAUGGUCAUGGUGGUGGUCAUGGCGGUGGUUUCGGUGGCUACAGUGCUGGAGGUCAUGGUGGCGGCGGUCAUGGUGGUCACGAAACUGUUAUUAUUGCUGAUGCUGGAGGUCAUGGUAGUGGUGGUCAUGGUGGAUUUGGUGAUUCUGUAGGCUAUAGCGCUGGUGGUCAUGGCGGCGGCGGCCAUGGUGGUCACGAAACUGUUAUUGUUGCUGAUGCUGGCGGUCACGGUGGUCAUGGUGGCAGUUUCGGCGGUUCAGGUGGUUAUAGCUCUGGCGGUCAUGGUGGUGCUUCCGAACACACUGUUAUCAUUCAAGAUGCUGGUGGUCAUGGCGGUCAUGGUGGUUAUGGCGGUGGUCAUAGCUCCGGCGGUGCUGCUCAUGUUAAUACUUAUGCUGUUAUUCAAGAAAGUGCCGGUGGUCAUGGUGGUUAUAGCUCUGGUGGCGGUCAUGGUGGCGGCUAUUCUUAUGGUGGCAGCUCCGGUGGCGGUUAUAGUUCUGGUGGUCAUGGCAGUUCCCACUCAGCUGCUAAUAUUGCUGCUAUUGCCGCUACUUCCAGCAGUUCCAGUUCUCACGGUUAUUCCUCAGGUGGUGGCUACUCCUCUGGUGGUGGUGGUUAUUCUUCAGGAGGACAUGAUGAUUCCGCUAAAAUUGCUGCCAUAGCUGCUGCUUCCUCAUCUUCCGGUCAUGGUGGUUACUCUUCCGGCGGUGGCUACUCCUCUGGAGGUGGUUACUCUUCUGGUGGUCAUGAUGAUUCUGCUAAAAUUGCUGCCAUAGCAGCUGCUUCUUCAUCUUCCGGUCAUGGUGGUUAUUCCUCAGGCGGUGGUUACUCCUCAGGUGGUGGCUACUCCUCAGGUGGUGGUUACUCUUCCGGUGGACAUGACGAUUCUGCUAAAAUUGCUGCCAUAGCUGCUGCUUCCUCGUCUUCCGGUCAUGGUGGUUACUCAUCCGGUGGCUACUCUUCCGGCGGUAGUGGUGGCGGCUACUCUUAUGGCGGUGGUCACGAUGAUUCUGCCAAAAUAGCUGCUAUUGCUGCCUCUACCUCUUCGUCUCACGGCAGUUCAGGUGGUUAUAGCUCCGGCGGCAGUUAUGGCGGCGGUGCUAGCAGCUACAACUCCGGCUGGUCUUCGGGCGGUGGUUCUUCUUAUGGUACUAGCGGCGGCUGGUCUGCUUCAGGCAGUGGUGGUGGUGGCUGGUAAUAUUUACGCGACCACUUAUCAUUAUAAGUCUAGUCCAUUUUUUUCUACCACACAUGCACACGCUCUCUUUGAA